AUGAAUGAGGCAGAUCGAGAAAUAGCACGCGCCGAGCGUGAUGCCUCUCCAGAACGGUACUCCGUCGAAUCUCCCAUCCAUUCCCCUCUACCCCGCCAUCCCUCCCACGAAAUAGAACGUAUACCCACUGCAUCCUCCAUUUCGACGACUUCUUCCGAUGCCUCAAUUCGUCCUACAGUUUCUCGAGCUCCCACACAAGCUGAUUUAGAACGUCAUCCAACUGUUAUAUCUCGCAUUCAAACUGCGCGCUCGCAGCAUACGGGGACGGUGGGAAGAACUGCGACGGGAAGGAGUAGUAGACUUACCAGGAUAUUCAGUACAAAGGAGAAACCAUUACCGUUGAUGGGGCUGGGGAAGGAGUAUCCUCCUCUGUUGCCUGCUCAAGAAGAAUAUGUGGUAGAAUUUGAUGGACCAGAUGAUCCGCUGCAUGCUGUCAAUUGGCCGAUGAAGAAGAAGCUUGUUACAGCAGUAAUGUUGGCUUAUACAACAUUAGUAUCAUCAUUUACAUCGAGUAUUUUCUCAACAGCAACCAGAGUUGUAGCAGCGGAAUACAAUGUUUCCACAGAAGUGGGAUUAUUAGGACUCUCGUUCUAUGUGUUAGGAUUCGCUUUUGGUCCAAUAUUAUGGGCUCCUUUAUCGGAAUUGAAGGGGAGAAGAUUACCAAUUGUGCUUUCUAUGUUUGGAUUUUCGAUCUUUCAGAUUGCAGUCGCGGCGGCGAAAGAUUUACAAACAGUUUUGAUCUGUAGAUUUUGGGGAGGUAUGUUUGGUGCAGCUCCUUUAGCAGUUGUUGCAGCUGUUUUCUCGGAUAUAGGGCUUGCUAUUACCGUAUUUUCGAUGACAGUUUUCACUGGACCUCUUCUAGCACCUUUCAUUGGUGGAUUUAUCGUUGAAUCUCAUCUCGGCUGGCGUUGGACUGAAUGGUUAACUGCUAUAAUGGGUUUUGUAGCAUUCAUCCUAGAUCUCUUCUUCCUUUCAGAAACCUACCCACCAGUCAUCCUGAUCGAAAAAGCAGCCGAACUCAGAAGAAGAACCAAAAAUUGGGGUAUUCACGCCAAACAAGAAGAAAUCGAGAUUGAUUUCCGUGAAUUGGUCACCAAGAAUUUCUCUCGUCCUCUUCGACUUUUGGCAUCAGAACCUAUCGUUCUUCUUCUAUCUAUUUACAUGGCUUUCAUCUACGGUCUUCUAUACCUCUUCCUCACAGCCUAUCCAAUCGUCUUCCAACAAAUCCACGGUUUCACUGGUGGCGUAGGUGGUCUUCCAUAUUUCGGUAUGGUCAUUGGAAUGUUAAUCGCAGGUGUCUACGUCGUUCUUACUCAACCAUCUUACAAUCGUAAAUUAGCAGCAAACAACGGUAUUCCAGUUCCUGAAUGGCGUCUUCCACCGGUGAUUAUUGGAGGAGUGAGUUUCGCAGCAGGACUCUUUUGGUUCGGUUGGUCGGGGUACAGAGCCGAUAUUCAUUGGAUUGUUCCCACGCUUUCGGGUCUCCUUACAGGAUUUGGACUUUUGGCAAUCUUUUUGCAGAGUUUAAAUUAUCUUGUGGAUGCAUAUCUUAUGUUUGCUGCAUCGGCUAUUGCGGCGAAUACAUUGUUGAGAUCGUUGGCAGGAGCAGGAUUCCCGUUGUUUUCACAAUAUAUGUUUGCGGCAAUGGGAGUCAAUUGGGCAGGAACAUUGUUGGGCUGUGUAGCACUUGUGUUGGUGCCAAUUCCAGUUUGCUUCUAUAUGUAUGGAGAGAAACUUAGGGCGAAGAGUAAGUUUGCGCCGGUUUAUCCAACGCAGCAGGCUCCGAGGGAUGAGGAGGAAGGAGGGAGUACGAGUACGAACGGGAAUGGAGAGAUGGAUAGAGAUGUUAAUGGAAAGGAGAAGGGAGAGGAGGCUAGAGCUUAA